UGCCAAAAUUUUCUGCUGAGAAGAGAAAGCACAAUCAGUAAACCAAUAUUGUUAUUAACCGAACCAUAACCAACAAUUAUAUGGACCGAACCGAACGAUAGACCUACCUAAACCGGAAUGGCGGGGAUGUUCACUCUCCUAUAGUUUCCCGCUACAAUUUAUUAGUGAAGAAGAGAGAAGAGCAACGAUUUCUGUGGAUAAAGCUUUGAUUUGAAGCUCCCAAUGAACUCUAGAGAUCUUACACUCGUCUCUACUUCUGCAAUUUUCGGUGCUUUGAUUUCAGCUCUAGCAUUUCGCUUCUUCUCAUCAAACCCUAAAAACCCCAAAUCUCGAAGAUUUACUUGCACCGAAAUCACCGCAAUUCCCAGAAAAUUCCAGGAUCUAGAUCCUUUCAGUCCUUUGAAACGAAAUGGGUACUUAUCAUGGGAUGAUUAUUUCAUGGCGAUUGCUUUCCUUUCUGCAGAACGAUCCAAGGAUCCUAACAGGCAGGUUGGUGCGUGUUUGGUGAGCCAAAAUGGUGUCAUUCUGGGGAUUGGCUAUAAUGGUUUUCCAAGAGGCUGCUCUGAUGACAAACUUCCUUGGGCCAAGAAAUCAAGAACUGGGGACCCAUUAGAGACCAAGUAUCCAUAUGUUUGUCACGCUGAAGUCAAUGCCAUACUAAACACAAACCACGCUUCUGCAGCUGGCCAGAAGCUUUAUGUGACAAUGUUCCCUUGCAAUGAAUGUGCCAAGAUUAUUUUACAGUCUGGUGUUGCUGAGGUAAUCUAUUUUGUGGAAAAGAGACUAAAUGACUCAGAUGUUGCCUAUGUAGCUUCUCACAAGCUCUUAUCCAUGGCCAACGUCAAAGUCAGGAAACACCAACCAGAGAUGGACCAGAUCUUGAUCAAGUUCGAAGAACACUUACUCCAACCAGGGACCUAAUUGUUCCAAUUCAAAAUGUAGGGCCAAAUUCAGACAUAUUCACUCAAAGACGGGCUCUUCCUUCUUUUCUUAUUUCUGUUAACUUUUAAUAACACAAAUUCGAGAACUUUAGCACAAACAGACAGAAGCAUUAUUACCAAACAAAAGGCAAUUUACAGAAGAAA